UUUGAAAAAAAUUUCCAACUAAAUACUUAGAUUCCCAAGUUCGCAAAUGAAUUAUGAAGGAAAUCUUUUUUGCGAACUUUUGAACUGAUUUAGCAAAGGGGCCGUUCAUAAAUUUCGUAACGCGAGAAGGGGGCGUCUAAGGCUCCAAUAAUAUCGUGCCUAUAUUACACAUCUAAAAGAUGGGAGAGGAUCGUGAAUCGCGAUUAAAAAAGCACGUUUUUUACGUGUUGCAUAAUUUAUGGCGGCCAUUAACGCAGAUAAUGAUGCAAGCUCAAAUGAAUACCCCCAGUAUUUGUAACUAAAAAUAUGUAAUGUUAAAUAAUUCUCAAUCAGGCUUUGGACUAGCAACGUUGGCUAUGGCGCAUAAUCGAGGAUAUUCUAAUAGAUACUUAAUCGAACAGAGAGUCCUAAAUACGUUACGCUUCAUAAAAAACAACAUGACCAACGUCAACGGCUGGUACUAUCACUUUAUCGACAUGUACACUGAGGAACGGUGGAACACGGACGUUGAGCUGAGCUCGAUCGACACGGCCCUCUUGAUGGGAGGUGUAGUCACUGUUGGUCAGUACUUUAAGGACAUACCAGAAAUUGUAUCGCUUUCGAAAGAAAUUUAUGAAGCGGUUGAUUUCGUUUGGAUGAUGAACGGGACAGAAUUUAUUAACAUGGGAUGGAAACCAGAAAGCGGGGUUUUAAAUGACUCAUGGAAUCGGUAUGGAUUAAAUUAUUAUUAUAAGGCGUGGCAUAUGUACUAUGCAAAUGAUGGUUGUAGUUACUUUUGUACUGUUUCUGGAUUUUCGAAAUUUUUAAGUACUGUGAAUUGAUGUUUUUGCUAGUACUGGCUAUUGGGUCGCCUACUCACCCGAUUCCGAUCAAUGCUUGGAAUGUGUUUUCGAGGUAUGCAUUUAAAAAAUCGCCCACAAAUAGAAAUGGGAAGUACCCUCUAAUUAACGAGCUAACUGCAUGACAUGGAGAGCCACUUCUACAAAUUAUUCCGUAAUCAGACCUUUGUUUUCUAAAACAAUUAACCGAUCACUUGGAUAUAAUCUGUAGAGAAAGUGUGUUAUUAUUUACAAUUAGAUAGUAAUCUAGGCGAUUUAUGAUAACUUUGGUUCUUUUAACAAAUAGUCAUUAGGUCCAUAUUAAGUGGCUUUAUUCAAAGGGUAAAAUUUAAUGGGCCCUGAGAAUAUCUUAAAUCGUCAGGUAAAAAUGUCUUAAAUGUCUUAAAUUUCUUCUUUUCAAAGCGCAACUUCACCUACAUGGAACAUAACUAUAUUCAUUUCCCAGCCCCUAUUUUUGUACACCAAUUUGCUCAUGCUUUCAUCGACUUUGAAAACUUGAGUGAUAAUUUUACCAUUGAUUAUUUCCAAAAUUCCGUCACUGCUACGAGAGCAACUAAAGAUUUUUUCGUUCACGAAAUGUCUCAAGUGUAUAAUGACUACACUGAAAAUUUUUGGGGAGUUACGGCUUCUGACACUCCAUACGGAUACGACGCUUGGGGAGGUCCUCCACUUAUGGGGCAGAUCGAUGGAUCAAUUGUCCCUUGCGCGGCUGCUGGAUCGGUUCCUUUUCUUCCUGCAGAAACCAUUGCCGUCCUGAAAAACAUCCGAGAAAACCACACCGCGCAAGCUUGGACAAGGUACGGCUUCGUGGACGCUUUCAACCCAUUAACGAACUGGACCAACCCAGACGUAAUUGGAAUUGAUGUCGGGAUUACGGUCCUGAUGGCGGAGAACUAUAGGACUAAAUUUGUCUGGCAGAAUUUCAUGGCUAACCAGCAUAUUGCCGAUGCCAUGAAUAAAAUCGGGUUUGUGCCUUAUGUGCCAACAAAGUAGAAGAUUUGAAACAGUGAAAAUCUUCGAUCAGGCUAAAUACUUAAGUGAUAAUAUUUUAGAAAUUAUGUCACACAUUCAUAUCUAAAUACAUUCAAUUUGAAAAUAAAUGAUGA